AAACCAAAUAAACCACCCACUCAACCUAAACCAACUAAUUCUCCUGCAUCACCCACACCCACUACUGAACAAAUCAAUCAGACUGAACAAAAAUUAGACCAAGCCCAAGCCAAUAACCUUAGUGAAGAAGAAUUAAUCAACCUUAUCAAACAAACCUCCGAGACCGUUAAACACAGUGGAGAUGAAAACUUAAAAAAGAAAAAAGAAGCAGCGGAAAAAAAAUUAAGUAAAGAUAAAUUAAGAGAACUCAUUCGGGAGGAAAUCCACCAAGAACUAACUGAAAAUGGAGUAAAACCGGAGCAAUUUGACCCCCAAGUCAUUCGUACCGAAGUACUCAAUGAAAUAGGUAAGCAAAAAUUAUGGUCGUUAAUCAACACCUUAGAACAAGCCUUAAAAGCAGGUCAAAAAACUAAAGUAAAAAACCACCUUCAAGCCUUACAACAAUUCAUUAACAGUAAAAUUGAUUACAAACAAAAUGCUUAUGCUAAACAAAAAACUAAAGUGCAAAGGUUAUUAACUCAAGCUAACCAGCAACUCAACUCUCCAAACCAAACUAAGACUAAUUUCUUCCAUUUAGCCCAAACUAAACUGGAAGAAGAGUUAAAAACUCACAACCAGAAAAUUGAAGAGAUAAUUGCUGAGGCAAUGCCAGAGGAGGGAAAAAUUGAUUAG